UUUUAUUGUGCAAUGGUAUUCGGUGGCUACAUUGCUAAUUCCAAGAAGGAGUGUCCGGCAGAUCCUGCAUCAAUUCCAUCAGUCUACUAUGCGAAUCAUAAGAAGGUGCGAGAGGUGAUUGAUCCUACUGACUGGACAGGAAAUCGUGCUGAUGAACAGAACUUCUUUGGGUAUAAAUGUAAAGGUUGCGGUCAAGAUCGUGCGUAUAAACGGUUGAAGUGUUUCGCCGAUGAGAUUACAAAUGGGAACAUGACUGUAGAUGAGCACGAAUGGCUCUUAUUGAAAGCUAUGGAAGAGGCUGUUGAGGAUUCUUUUCCUUUAGUCGGUGGAAAUAUUACUUGUUUAAAGCACAUCUCUGUCACUGGUGUCUCGGUUUUAUUUGAUGAUCAUUUUGAUACAAUAAAGACGAGGUUGCGUGAACUGAGACCACAUGUUGAUAUACAUUUGCGACGAAUUUCUAAAGGAUACAAAUAUGCUAAAGCACAUAAAUACAUGAAAGGUCUGAUGAAGGAAGUCAAUGAGAUUGUGUAGGCAUCAACCCGCAGUGACGUGCAGGUACUGGGGGUGUGAUUCCUGAGUGCUCAGGUUUUUUUUGUGGUUGCUUUUACAUAUCAUCUUUGUUCAAAUUCUUCCCCUGCAGCUGAAGUAUGGGCUAUAUAAGUCAUUGUCUUCUUCUUGCUCUUGAGCUCAAUAUCACUCACCUGACUGUAGAUAGUCUUCUACUAUAGCUUUUUGUAACUCUUCUGUGUCUGCUCCUUGGUACUUGAGAGUUCUCUUGCUUGACAUUCA